UAAGUCUUACAAUACAAUACAAUAGUCCAUCAGUCGAUAGCAUUCCUUCUUCUCGUUGUUACUCAACAGCUAGAGUUAAACUUCCGUAAAGAUUUUAAACUGACGUUUAUCUUAAAAAACUAAAUUUAUUUACUGUCAACGCGAAGGUCGCGAAAAUAAUCAAAAGUCGUGUUUACUUGCUAAAUUUUUUUUUUUACUUCACACAAUUAUUGGCCGACGUUUAUAAAUCGUUUAUUCAAAAAUUUUCUGUGAUUUUUUAGCCUAAUAUUCGUAAUUAUAAUUAUAAAAAACUCGUGCAAAUCAGUGAUCGAUUAUCCUUCGACCGAAUUUUUUUAUCGAUGCACAUUAAUAAGAAAACGAAUGAAAUACGUCUUCAAAGUGAUUAAUAAAUUAAAAUCCAAGAUACGAUCCAGAUUAAUAAGCCGGCAAUCAUGAAGGAACACUUGAAGACACCGAGCUACGACAUGGAGUUGAGUGAACGCACGGCUUUGAGACAAAAAUUUGAAUCUAUUGAUGACAUUCUACCUCAUGUGGGAAGUUUUGGAAAAUAUCAGAUGUAUUUAUUGCUCGCGUUAUUUCCUUAUGGUCUCAUUUACUCAAAUUUGUAUUUUUCGACAUUUUUUUUGACACUUGUACCUCAAGAGUACUGGUGCUAUGUACCGGAACUGCAGGAUUUGAAUCUUACCGCCGAACAACGAGUGCAGGCGGCAAUACCCGCUUCGGAAACAUUUCCCUACUAUGACAAGUGCAAUCGCAAGGAUUUAAACUUUGAUGAACUGGUCAAAUAUAAUACAGACAUAAACUCGGCGGCAUGGCAAACAAAUAAAACAGUUAAAUGUGAGAAAUGGGAGUAUAAUUUGACUCAAGUUCCUUACUUGUCAAUAAGUAGCGAGCUAGAUUGGGUAUGCGAUCAAGAAUACCUCAUAUCGAGUACACAAGCCAUUUUUUUCUGCGGCUCGAUACUUGGAUCCUUUAUAUUUGGAUGGGUCGCUGAUCAUAAAGGUCGUGUACCAGCAUUGGUGAUCAGCUGUUUAGUAUCUGGGGUUGGUACUGUUGCUACUGCUUGGUCUAAUAAUUUUUGGACAUUUGCAUUGUGUCGUUUUAUUACUGGGUUAGCAUUUGAUAAUUGUAUUAAUAUACCUCUUAUUGUUGUUGUUGAAUACAUGGCAAUAAAUAGACGGACAAUAGUAUUUAAUAUCGCGUUCGGAAUUUAUUUUGCACUCGGGAGUACUGCGCUGCCAUGGGUCGCGUAUUAUGUCGCUGACUGGAGACACUUUGCGUAUAUCGUUUCUAUACCACUAAUUAUUGGAUUAUUCACCCCGUGGAUUUUACCAGAAAGUGCACGAUGGUAUGCAUCCACUGAGCAGUGGGACAAAGUAGUAGAGAAUUUAAAAAAUGUUGCCCGGGUGAAUGACAAGAAUCCAGAUCCCAGGAUUUAUGAGACCUUCGUUAGAAAUGCUGGUGAUAUUAAUAACCACGUUGAGUCUGCGACAUUAUUCGACCUAUUUAAAACACCACGACUGGCUAGGACUACAAUCCUCUUAAUUACUUUUUGGACGUUAACGAUUAUUUGCUUUGAUGGGCAUAUCUACUCGUUAAGGCUUUUACGUAGUUCAGUAUUUGUUUCAUUUACACUGUCGUCAGCAACAGAACUACCAGCUGGUUUGCUUGUUACACUUAUUCUAGAUCGAUGGGGACGUAGAUUUUGUGGAUUUCUUACUCUCGGUGCUAUUGGAGCUUGCAGCUUUUCUGAACUGUAUUUGCCGUCAACUGAAGCUAAACUGAGUUCAUCAGUGGUGGCACGAUUUUCUGCAAACAUGGCUGCAAAUAUUGGUCUUCAAUACGCUACAGAAUUACUUCCAACACCUGUAAGAGCUCAAGGCGUUGCAUUAGUGCAUCUGUUUGGUAUUCUCGCUCACGCUGUAGCUCCUUAUAUAACCGAUCUCGCAUCAAUUUGGACUGGUUUACCAAUGAUGGUCGUUGGUAUACUAGCAUUAACAACAUCAUUAUUAGUAUUAUUUCUGCCAGAAACAGCUGGGCGUGAACUACCUCAAACAUUACAACAGGGCGAGGAAUUCAGUAAAGGUGAUCAUUUUUGGUCAUUUCCCUGUUGCAAUAAAAUCGAUGUCGAGCGGCAUAGAAAUGACAAUAAUAAUUGUACUAUAGAACGAUAAUCAUUUAUUAUAAUAUAAUCAUUAUUACUAUUUAUCAACAUAUUUUUAUAGUGAAUCGAAUCUUCCAAAGAUUAUUGUUAUCAAUUAUACUACACAUUUUAUUCAUUAAUUACUCAAUAACCAUUAAAUUACUUCACUACUUGAAAAAAAUUUCAUAAACAGAGAAUUACUCUAUCGAUUUAUUAAUUACUUAACAAUAAUUACAGCGUUACGUUCAAUUAAAAUAUAACGAUAUACAAUAAAGUGUACUUUAAAUUCUUAGAGUACUGUACAGUGAUACGUUUUAAUAUUUUUAUUUUAUUUAUACACAGUUUUUAAAUCAAUUCGAGUUUUAUACAUCAAGUAAUUGCUCUUAGCGGCCUAUUUUAAUAAAAAACUAUCGACUGUUAAUUAAUAAUAAUAAUAAUAAUACUUAAAUUAAAAUAAUAUUGACACUCUUUUGGCACAAAUAAGUACGCGAAUAAUUUCAAGUGAAAAAAGUAUUUGAUUGUUAUUUUUUAAUCUAUUACUAAUUAAAUUAUAGUUCAUUAGUACACUAAUGAUUAAUUAAAGAACAUAAACAAUAAAAAAAGUAACCAAAAAGUAUCAGCUAAAUUAACGAAAUAAAUUUUCUGUGCCGAAAAAAAAUGUUUGCAUUAAUUAAAUAUUUUUUUUUACAAGUGUUUUUAAAUAAUAUUUUUAAUUACUAAUUAAUUACAAUUGUUAUAAUCUAGUGGAGUCUAUUUUUGUAAGACUUCCUGGAUUAUAACCGGCGUUGACAGCUCCCACCUUUCUUCGGUAUUUUUUCUUCUUUUCAUGAGAUCUGAAAUUAAUAAAAAAUAAAAUAAGUAAUUAUACAUAUUUAUAUAUUUUGUAUAGUAAGAAAAAAAUAUACAUAUAUGUACUUACGUUGAUAAACAAGGAACCCACCAGCAACUUUGUUCCUUACCAAAGUCAUUACCUUCUUGAAGCGUUUCCGGUAAUUCUUGAUCUAAUGUCUCUGGCAAGGUUAAUGUAAGAAACGCGUCUAUUAUUGCUAUCAAUCCCAGACAAAUUAAUGGCAGUUCCUUUUUAACAUCAGCC